AUGUCCUCAUCGGACCUCCCAAGAGUGGCAGUCGGUGGCAAGGACAGUCGCACCGACUACAUUUCCAAGACACUCAACAUCUCAUUUGGCCAUGACCACUGGAAGGAGGAGCUCAUGCAGCUGAAAAGGGUCGACGUCGCUCUGGCAACCCUUCGUCCUCCACCGGAUGCACUGGUUUAUCGUCUAUACGGCGCUUUCCGCCACGACGAUGAAUUGGAAGGAAUGUUGUUCACUUGCACUGACGAGAAUGAAGUCCUGUGUCAGGGAAGAGCUAAGAGAGCCUAG